UGACGAUAUGCGGCGACCAGGAAGUGAAGAGCUUCAGGUGGUGCUACAAGCAGUUGGCGGGGUGCUAAGCAUGUUCAGUCACAAGCGUGUGUGAGUAUAGCUCCUAAAUGAUCUGUCGCAGAUGUUGUGAGGUAAAAUGGCUCUACUGCGACUGAGAAACGCGAAGGGUUCGAAUGCCUCAGAGAUAGAGAGAAAAAUUAAAAGAGGUAAUGCUUUGAGGCAAGGAUCUUCAUGGCAGAGUUCCCGUGGACUUGUGGCCUUGCUGCUGGUGGCUUUGUUUACGUGUGUGGUGGCAACAUGGUUGUAUGUGACCUCCCUGGACAGUGACAUUACAGAAACUCUGGUCAGCCAGGGGGAGCUGGUCUCUCCUCAGCCCAGAGUGUACAGCGUCCAGUGCUCUGAAGACUAUGAAAACUACAAACGUUUCCCAGGAUGUACUCCUCAGAAGUGUGGCCGUGCAGUCACAGACAGCGUGGUGACAAGGGAGGAGGCUCAGGUCCUCAGGAGACUGGCUGAGAGGGGACUGGCGCUGGCUGGGUCAGAGGGAGGAGCCUCCAUACUGGACCUGCACUCUGGGGCGCUGUCAAUGGGGAAACAAUUUGUCAACAUCUACAGGUAUUUUGGGGAUCAGAUCAGCGAUGUGUUCACGCAAGAAGACUUCCAGCUUUACAGAAAUGUUCGUGGGCGGAUCCAGGCAGUUAUUGCUGAGACGUUUGGUUUGAACACAGCGCUGAUGUACCUCACCAAGCCCACUUUCUUCUCCAGAAUCAACAGCACGGCAGCCAAGACCCAACAUGACGAAUACUGGCACCCACACAUUGAUAAGGUGACUUAUGGCUCUUUUGACUACACCUCUCUACUGUACCUGUCUGACUACGGAUCUGACUUCACUGGAGGAAGAUUCGUCUUCAUGGACCAAAAUAGCAACCGGACAGUGGAACCACGCGCAGCCCGGUACCACUCUGACCAUACGGAAGGGACUGAUCUUUUAUAUCGACAGGAAAUACCCAGGAGGAAGUUGCAAAGAAGACAGCGGGAUAAGAAAGUUUGCAAACACUUGGAGAGGAGAAUAAAAAGGCUGGGUUUUUUUGGAGACCUUGGAUUUUGGACCCUGGAUUCUGGAUUCUCUCCCUGGAUGGGAGAUGGCGAGCCAACCGUGUGAUCAACUAGAGCUGGAGUGACGAGUGGACCCUCUCCUCUUCACCUGCCGGUUUGCCAGUGUGGUAGGACAAAGGGAAUAGAAACUCUGAACGAUUAAAGGAACAAUCCUUAUUUUUUCCUUCCUUGGAGACAAGAGACAUUUUAUUUUAUUUUAUUUUAAAGGGUGCACCCAGGUUAAAAGACAAUUUUAAACAAAACAAAUUGAAAGGCCGGCCAUAUUUGUAUAAAUGUUUAUUUUUCAUAUGUGUUAAUACAUUGUUGUUGCUAAACCUAUCUCUGUGUGGUUGCCUCUUACUCAAUCGGUGUUCCAUCUCAUUCUUCAUCAUUCCCUCUAUCGAAUCUAGAGUAUCCUGGUCUAUUGUAGCUUACCCUUCAAGUGGGUUACACAGUAAAACUUGGCGAGCCAGCCAGGAGGGAGUUGUUUAAUUGAUUCCCAUUCAUAAACAGAUUAAAUGGACACCUUUUGAGUAAUUGAGUGCAUUUGAAGAAAAAACAAACAGAACAUUUUUGAGGUAUUUUGGUCGUGUUGAUUCAACUCAUUUUCAAGUUCAUUGACAGUUCAGUUAGCCUUGUUUAAAAAUGGAUAUCAUUGUGACAGAGGGUGUCAAGAUCCCAAAUGCUGUUUUAGUAAGUGGAUUAACCAAUACUGAGGUUGACAAUGAGGUUUUUGACUUUCUCAAGCAAUAUGGGUCAAUCUCCAGAAUAAUCAAAGUACCUACCACAGAUCCUUUAAUUCAAGCAAUUGCAGAGUUUGAGAAUGGUAGUGCCAUAAGAGGCCUUGAAACCAUUGGCUUACCUUACCGAAGACCAUGUGUUACCAAACCUGAGGUUGUCCACCAUGUGCAGAGUCUUGCUAGCGUCUACACCAGUGAUGUGGGCACCAUUGCGACAGACACUUACCUUGCAGGAUUGAAAGACUUGGCUAAGAUGAGCGGCAUGGAUUUUGGAGAUAUUCUCCGCCAGGAACUGGCUAGAAUCAGUGAGUCCAUUAGGACUGAGACCCCAGAUGAGACCAGUGAAAACCCCAGUGAAACUGAGCCGCUCCCUACACAAAGUGAUGUUCAAGCUACUGCCCCUAGUUCUGUCAGUGCCCCCACUGAGAUGAGUCAGACCCCCUACAGACCCCAGACUGGCACUGAGGUAAGAGACUUUCCCUCCCCAGGAGGAGAAAGAAAUCCCUUUCACUUACCUUCAGAUCAACUCAGUACGCCAGAAGUGCAACGUGUUGUGGUUGAGCACAUUAUCAAGGGCAGUGAAAUCUCAUCUCACCUGCAUUCUCCUUGUAAAUUGAAACAGUUUUCCGGGCGACUCCCUCAGCCAACCUUUGAGGUCAACUAUGAGACGUGGCGCAAUGGUGUGGAGUUCUACUUGAACGACCCAUCAGUUCCUGACUCCCAAGUGGUAAGGAAAAUUGUUGAAAGUCUUUCCCCUCCAGCUGCAAACAUGAUCAAGUCUUUAGGGCCUCAAGCCUCACCAAAAGAGUAUGUGACCUUACUUGAUUCUGCUUACACUGCUGAUGAAGAUGGGGACGAGCUUUUUGCACGAUUCUUGAACAACAAUCAAAACGCUGGGGAGAAAGCAUCAGAUUACCUGCAGCGACUUCACACAGCAUUAAGCUAUGUCAUUGCAAAAGGAGGACUUUCCGCUCAUGACACAGACAAACAGCUUCUCAAGCAAUUCUGUCGUGGGUGCUGGAACAGCCUUCUCAUCACCAGUCUUCAGCUUGAGCAGCUCAAGAGCAAACCACCAUCAUUUGCAGAGCUUCUUCUCUUACUGAGAACAGAAGAAGACAAACAGGGUAACAAAGCUAGCAGAAUGAAACAGCAUCUUGGCCUUACCAAGCCAAAAGCCAUGUCAAAUGUACAAGCUGCACACAUAGCCUACACAGAAGAUAUUAGUGCACUGCAGGAAGCAGAACAAGCUUUUUUAGCUAUGACCAAAGACAUCCAGAAGCAGAUCGCCGAACUUCAAGUUCAGGUUGCAAAACUCAGUCUAUGCAGUCCAGAGAAGCCUGGAAAAAAGAACACUACAGUAAGUACAAAACAGAAACAGAAGCCAAAAAAUACCCAGCUGGAGGGACAGCUUCAGUAGAUGACAGCAAGGGUGAAACCAAAGCCAUGGUAUUGCUUUAAAUGUGGCAAGGAUGGCCACAUUGCCUCCAUGUGCAACAACAUGCCCAAUCCUACCCUUGUACAGGCCAAGAAAGCAGAGCUCAGGGAGAAGCAGCGUGCUUGGGAAGCCCAGAAUGGCUCACCCACCAUGCCACGGUUAAACUAGAACAGGCUUCCAUUGAGGGGAAAAUGGAAGCCGAGCAACAACCAAGCCCCCCAUCUAUAGGCAAGCAAAACCCUGCAGUUUACUCCCACAGAGUCACAUCAGGAAGAAGAUUGCCGAAACAUCUUGUAGGCAGCAAAUGUACAGCCAGUGUAAAUGUGGGUGGGGUGGACUGCAGUUGUUUGCUUGAUACCGGGUCACAGCUCACCACGGUGGCCCAGUCCUUUUACCAGACCCAUCUCUCUGAUCAUCCUCUCAAACCCGUCAGCGAUAUUCUUGAAAUAGAAGGGGCAAAUCCUUACCUGGGAUAUGUGGAGGUUGAUCUCAAGUUCCCAAAAGCCUUUCUUGAGUCCGAGCCUGAAAUUUCAACAUUGGCUCUGAUCCUCCCUGAUCUCCGGUCAAAUAGUGGUGUUCCGUUGAUGAUCGGCACCAACACUUUAGACCCUCUCUUUGACCAGUAUUGUGAUGAAUCUUCAUUUUCCUACAAGUCACCUUGCCAUGGCUACAGUCAAGUGCUUCGUACACUGCAACUGAGGAGAGAACAAGCAACAAGCGGAAAGCUUGGGGUUGUGAAGCUCAGAGGGAGAGAACAGGAAGUUCUUCCAGCGAAACAAACAGUGUUGCUUGAAGGCUGUAUGUGUGUCAGCUCAGUCAACACAGAGAAAUACGUCCUGUUAGAGCAACCCUCCAGAUCCACUUUGCCAGGCGGUGUGUUUGUUGACUGUUGUCUCAUUUCAUUGCCACAGAGUGUUUCCAACAAGCUGCCUGUCCUUCUUAGAAAUGAAACCGAAUGUGACAUCAUUCAACUGCAUUAUCGUAGACCUGACUGUUGUAGAUUCUGUCAUCGAGAAUCGCCAUGUAGUUGAUGAGAAAGAUCAGAAGCAUGUUGUUGAGUGCUCUAGUCACCAAGCAGAGGCAGAGCCCCAUAGGAAAAGCUUUGAUUUCGGGCCUUCUCUUGCAGAGGAGUGGAAAGAAAGGAUUACAACAAAGCUCAGUAGCUUCUCUCAUGUCUUUGCCCAACACAAUCUUGACUUUGGUCAUGCGACCAAAAUCCAGCCCCACAUCAAGCUGAAGGAUGAGACCCCAAUUAAACAGAGACCUCGUCCAAUUCAUCCUCGAGAUUAUGAAGCAGUCAAAAAGCACCUGCAAACUCUUCUUGAUGCUGGCGUAAUCCGAGAAUCGGAGUCUCCAUUUUCAUCACCGAUCGUGGUGGUGAGAAAAAAGAAUGGCGACGUCCGCCUGUGUGUGGAUUAUAGAAAACUGAACCUGCAAACGAUAAAAGACUCCUACGCAUUACCAAACCUGGAAGAGUCGUUCUCUGCUCUCGCAGGAUCCAAGUGGUUUUCCGUGAUGGAUCUGAAGUCUGGGUACUAUCAAAUUGAGAUGAAUGAAAGUGACAAGCAUAAAACUGCCUUCGUGUGUCCCUUUGGAUUCUGGGAAUUCAAUCGAAUGCCCCAGGGAGUCACCAAUGCACCGAGCAUAUUCCAACGGCUCAUGGAAAAGUGCAUGAGUGACAUUCAUCUAAAGGAGGUCCUUGUUUUUCUUGACAAUCUCAUCGUGUUUUCAAACAAGAACAUGAGACUACGCUCAUCCACGUGCUCAGUCAUCUCGAGGAGUACGGCUUGAAACUUUCACCAGAUAAAUGCAAGUUCUUUCAGACUUCGGUACGUUAUUUGGGCCACAUUGUUUCCAGCGAUGGAGUGAAGACGGACCCUGAAAAGGUCCAAGCCUUGAAAACUUGGCCGAGACCACAGACCUUAAAGGAGCUUCAAUCCUUCUUGGGCUUCUCCGGUUACUACCGGAGGUUUGUUAAGGAUUAUUCAAGGGUUGUCAAGCCCUUAACCAACCUUACAGCUGGAUAUCCACCACGUCGGAAAGGAGUCAAGGUCAACCUGAGUGAUGGAAAAUACUUCAGUCCAAAAGAGCCUUUUGGCGAACGUUGGGAUGCUGAGUGUCAACAGGCCUUCGAAGCCAUCAUACACAAGCUAACAUCGUCCCCUGUCCUUGGUUAUUCAGAUCCCAAGCUUCCUUACGUGCUCCAUACGGAUGCCAGCACGACAGGAUUGGGAGCUGCUUUAUAUCAAGAGCAGGAAGGGCACCUGUGUGUGAUUGCUUAUGCCAGCAGAGGGCUCUCCUGCAGUGAAGCAAGAUACCCAGCACACAAACUCGAGUUCUUGGCCCUUAAAUGGGCCAUUACAGAGAAAUUUCACGACUAUCUGUAUGGAAACUCAUUUACUGUCGUCACAGAUAAUAAUCCCUUGACAUACCUGCUUACUACAGACAAGCUUGACGCCACGAGCUACCGUUGGUUAUCCGCACUCUCAACAUUCACUUUUGACAUCAAGUAUCGAGCUGGUAAGCAGAACGUGGACGCGGAUGGGUUGUCAAGGAGACACCAUGGUACCUUGGAAAAUGAUGCACCCUUCAAAUGAUGAACUAUUUGAGCUACAGGCCUACAAUUUUGCAUAGAAAGUACUUUAGUGAUUAUCUAAUGGCAUCCAAAUUUAGGACUAAUUUGAAAAUGGUGCGGCAACCACCAUCUGGGGAAACCACACCCAUCACUGACCACCCUAAUCUUCAAAACAAUGAGAAGCAAGGAAAGUGGCUCGGUUCCACCCGAGAAUCCAGGUAAAUCUCAACGAACUACGAGGGGUCGACUGAACACUGAAGUGCAAGAUGGUGGUUCGGGUGCUAACGGCUAUUCACAGCUAGCACAGGAAGUUACUGAGAGCGUCGGCAAAAUGUUAGAGGAGAAGCUGGCCACAUUUAUGAAAGCACUGGAGGCUUUGACAUCUCGGGUGGAAGGCAACAAUAAGAGACUGGAUGAAGCUGAGUGUCGAGUGUCCACACUGGAGGACAUGCUAGGUACCACCGAAAACAAGCUCCGGGAAGUUGAGAAGAAAUUGCAAAUUCUCACUGAAAAAGCAGACGACAUGGAGAACAGGACGAGACGGGACAAUAUCAGGGUCAUCGGCUUAAAGGAAGGAGUCAAGGGUGAGCAACCUGCUGCUUUCUUUCAACGCUGGCUGCCCAAAAUAUUGAACUUGGAUACUAAGUGGGGCAUAAUUAAAAUCGACCGGGCGCACAGAGGGCUCGGUCCUGCUCGCAACAACCGCCCCAGACCCGUCAUUAUCAAGCUGCACAACCCCGGCGAUAAACAGGGGAUCAUGGCUGCAUUGAGAGAGUGACGACAGAUGACACGAGGGACAGAAGCUGUACAUUCAUCAGGAUUUCUCAGCUGCGGUGAAGGAGAAAUGGCGCAGCUUCAACAAGGUGUGUGAACGUCUAAUUGAUCUGAACAUUCGUUUCGACAUGCAGUUCUCCACCGUCCUAAGCCUCACGUACAACGGAGAGAAACAUGCUUUCCAGUCCCCUCGAGCUGCUCAGGCAUUUGUGGAUGGGCUGCCGUGAACUGUGCAUUAGCAUUGCAGUAUAAUUUGUGACGAGAAGUAACCCGACAAUUUUAGUUUGAAUUACUGUACUGAAGUUGGGACCUAACAGUGCAUGUUAAGCUUGAAAAAUAUCUAACUAAUGUUGCCAUAAUGCACUUAUGUGUUAGGUUAAGGCUGUAACAGAUGCUAAAAGGCUAAACCCUGAAUUAAGAUUAGUUUGUUUAAAAAGGGGAUGUCUGUCACUCUAUGCUGUGGCUAUAGCAUCAUGACUCCUGAGGGGCAAGGGGUCUGACAGAAUCCUUCUUUAAAUACUAUCUGUGGGAUUUUUGUUGUGAAUUUAUCUGGGUCGUGGGAGCGGGAGUCUCGUGAAGAGAUUGACGUUGCUCUUCUUGGUGCUACCUACACUUUCAGCGUCAUGCAACCGCUUGUAAUUGUUACACAAACCUCGUCAUUAUGGCUGUGUUUUUCAUUCUUUCUCAGACCCACUGAGGUUUUUUCCAGUGUUCAGUCCCCAUUGUUUGGGGGCAGAUUCUUUGUUCACAGUGCUCUGAUCUGUAAUGCUUACCUCUUUUCCACCAUUCCACCCUGCUGAAUUUAUAUAUGUUAUCAUUAUAUAUCAUUAUUACUACUACUUUUCUGCUCACAUCCUCAAACGUAAUCCGGCCUUUGCAUUAUUGGGUUGUCUCGUUUUCAUUCAACAACCAUGAGUGACAUUAAGAUUAUUUCUUCAAACGUCAAGGGAGUCGGCCAUGUGGUGAAAAGACAGAAGAUUAUUUCCUUACUAAAGAGAGAGAAGGCACAAAUUGCCCUUCUACAAGAAACACAUUUGUCAGAUUUGGAGCACAUAAAAUUAAGGAGAGGCUGGGUGGGACAGGUGUUCUAUUCAUCUUUCAAUUCACAUAGUAGAGGAGUAGCCAUUCUCAUCCAUAAGAAGCUACCAUUUACUCUGGAGGAGGUUAUUAAGGAUGAUGGACGACGUUAUUAUCUCAGGUUUCUUUUUUGGGGAGCGUAUCCUUAUCGGCUCUAUCUAUGGCCCUAACGCAUUUGAGCCUUAUUUCUUUUCUUGGCUGCUUGCAGCGGCAUCCUUUAGCCCCCUUCACAGUAUUCGGAGGAGACUUUAACUGUGUUCAGGAUGCUAUUGUCGACCAGUCUCCAUCAAAAUCUGCUUUUAUAUCAAAAAGCCUGCAAGGCAAAAAGAGCUAAGUCUAGAUCUGGGUCUCUUUGAUGUUUGGAGAAUUAUAAAUCCAACGACAAAAGACUACACUUUCUAUUCCCAUCCCCACCAAUCUCUAUGAAGAAUUGAUUAUUUUCUAGUAUCUAGAGAGGUAGUAGAUAGAGUUGAAGCAUGCUCAAUUGGAUUUCUCGGAUCAUAACCCAGUAUCUAUGACGAUAUCCCCACCCUAUCUCAAUCCUUCCUCACUCCACUGGAGACUUAAUUCCUCUCUUUUAAGUAGCCCCCCAUUUUUGGUUUUCCUAGAGAAACAAUGGGAACUUUUUAUGGCAACAAACAGCACGCCAGAUGUAAAUCCCUCCCUACUAUGAAAAACUGCUAAGGCGUUUAUGAGGGGGUCAAUUAUAUCUUACACAUCUGUCACAGUUCAGCUGUGGUCCCCUGCCUGUCUCUCAGCUCCGUCUCCCUCUGGCUACGCGGCUCAUCAGAGCAUUUGCUCCAGCUGCCGAGGGACCACAGCUGGACGUGAUCAGUAAUCAGCAGUGUAUAUAGCCUGACUCUGCCCACUACUCUGUGCUGGAUCAUUGCCUGAGACACAUCGGCAUGGAACACACCUGUCUAGUUGGCUCUGUCUCCCCGCCUGUUCUGGAUUUCCCCGUCUGCUCCGGACUCUCCCCCCGCUCUGUCCUGCCCAGCACCUCUGCCCCUGCCUCAGCUCCCGAUCCCUGGACUGUUUAGUUUGUAAGUCUUUCUGUUAGUUCCGUAGUUUAAGCCCAUAUCGUGGCCUGUGUUAGUUGUGUUCUUAGUUUCAUUUGAGCCUGUUCAGUUUAUUCCUGUGCCUCCUGUGUGGAGUGGUUUUCAUUUAUUAAAUCCCUAUUAAUCAUCCACCUGUCUUAGUGCCUGCUUUUGGGUUCAGAAACGCCCCUCACCUAACAGAAUGAUCCAGCCAAAUUUGAACCCAGCCGGCACCCCUUUGGUUUCUGUGGUGCUUGGUGCUGCUUCGUCGGCCACUGGGAGGUUGCUCGCCUCUUUCACGCUUCUGGGGGCCAAGAUAACCCCUUCGGUUCAUAAGGGAGUUAAGGUUGCCAUUUCUAGCUUUGAGGUGCUCAGAACCGCUUGUGAGAACCUUGGGAAAUCUGCAGCUGUCUCGGCAGACCCUGAGGUGUUCAGUGCCGCCACCUCAUUCCUUGAGGCACUAAACAUCGCCUCUGCUGCACUGGAGGGGCUCGACGCCACCUCACCCCCAGUCCUGGAGAGGCUCAUUGCCGCCUCACCCAGUAGUCCCCCGCUAAUCAUGGAGCCACCCGUGGAAAAACCUGGUCACUGAAGGCGCGGCUCCAGGAAGCACCGUGGCUCCCCACUCCCGGCCGAGGAGAGGCCCCGUGCCGCAUCACUCCCUCCAGUGGAAAGGCCCCGUGCUGCCUCACUCCCUCCAGUGGAGAGGCCCCAUGCUGCCUCACUCCCUCCAGUGGAGAGGCCCCAUGCUGCCUCACUCCCUCCAGUGGAGAGGCCCCGUGCCACCCCAACUCCAGACCUUGUGGGGGCCGUCGCCCCGUCUCCAGUCCUUGUGGGGGCCGCCGCCCCGUCUCCUGUCCUUGUGGGGGCCGCCGCCCCUUCUCCUGUCCUUGUGGGGGCCGCCGCCCCUUCUCCUGUCCUUGUGGGGGCCGCCGCCCCGUCUCCUGUCCUUGUGGGGGCCAUCGCUCCAUCUCCUGUCCUUGAAGAGGCUUAAAGCCUCCCCUGCAGCCUUGAAGAGGCUUAAAGCCUCCCCUGCAGCCUUGAAGAGGCUUAAAGCUUCGCCUGCAGCCUUGAAGAAGCUUCAAGCCUCCCCGGCGUCCUUGAAGAGGCUUCGAGCCUCCCCGGCAGCCUUGAAGAGGCGUAAAGCCUCCCUUGAAUCCUUGAAGAGGUGUAAAGCCUCCCUUGAUUCCUUGAAGAGGCGUAAAGCCUCCUCGGCAGCCUUGAAGAGGCGUAAAGCCUCCUCUGCAUCCUUGAAGAGGCGUAAAGUCUUCUCGGCAUCCUUGAAGAGGCGUAGCGCCUCCCCUCGAGCCCUGAAGAGGCGUAGCGCCUCCCCUCGAGCCCUUGAAGAGGCAUAGCGCCUCCCCUCGAGCCCUGAAGAGGCGUAGCGCCUCCCCUCGAGCCCUGAAGAAGCGUAGCGCCUCCCCUCCAGUCCUGGCAAAGCUUAAUGCCACCCCAACACCGAGUGGCUCCCCUGCAGUGGCCACCCCAACAUGUGGUCUCCCUGCAGUAGUUGUCUCCCCAGCCCUGUUUCCAGUCCCAUGUCCAGUCCUGUCCCCAGUACUGCUCUCCGAGGGGUCCCCACUCCCGGUUCCAGUUCUGCCCCCGGAAGGGUCCCCAACCACUCUUCCAGUCCGGACUCCCGCCCGGCCUCCAGAGGGGUCCCACCAGUUCCCAGUCCGGCCUCCCGCCCGGCCUCCAGAGGGGUCCCGCCACCGCAUGCUCCAAAAUGCAGAAGUCACGCUGGAGAGAUGGCAGCUGAUCGUAGAGGCAAACAGGUUGCAGAAAUUAUCUAGUGUUAUCUUGCAAUAUUUGAAAACGGUAUAUUUGCAGCGUGACUUCUGCAUUUUGGAGCAUGCGCACUAGCGUUUUUGACGGUAAGAGCAUGCGCAGUAGCGUCCUACACGUCCCAGAGUCCUACAAGUCCCAGCCUCCUCCGCGGUUCUGGAGAGCGAGACCGCGCGGUUUUUGUUUUUGAUUUUUCUGAAAUGCGGAAGUUGGAGAGAGAACCAUAUCACGCUGGAGAGAUGGCAGCUGAUCGUAGAGGCAAACAGAUUGCAGAAAUUAUCUAGUGUUAUCUUGCAAUAUUUGAAAACGGUAUAUUUGUUUUACUGUAAAGCACUUUGUGCAAUUCAAGGGCACACACACACCAGAAGUAGGUGGCUGCCUGAUUCUGGGAUUCCGCCAUUGUAUUUCAAUGGGAAACGAGCGGAUUCCUCCUCCUGCAACUUUUACCUUUGGCAGGAUGAGGAGUGCACUCGUUUCCUAUUGAAAUGCACUGGCGGAAUCCCAGAAUCAGGCAGCCACUUACCUCUGGUGUGUGUGUGCCCUAAAGAGAUAGUUCACCAGUUUACUUGAAAUGUUAAGGAUUGCAAAGUGUGUAUUUAAAAGAGCUUGUAUUUUAUUUUUCUAUUUUAUACGAUCACAGACUGUUGUUAUUUGAAGAUGUUUGUCAAGUUUACUUGAAAUUUUAUGGAUUGUAUUUGUUUAAAGUGUGUAUUUAAAAGAGCUUGCAUUGUUUGGGACCAAUAAAACUGACACUUUGUA